UAGUCUCUCUAAUAGUCUAAUCUGUGCAUUCGACAACAAGACUUGACUGGACGCUCACUUUGUCUACAACAUAGUGUUAUUGUUGUUUGUUAUUUAUUUAUUUUUUAAAAAUGUUUGAUACAUCUGAAAAUAAUAUAAUAAUUCGAGAUGCAAGAAAGGAGGAUAUGCGAGCAGUGGCUAAAAUGAUACAGGAACAUGCAAAUCUUCAAUUAAUGCAGAAUGAACCCAAACUGACUGUAAAAGAGCUAGAAUAUGAUGGGUUUGAAAGACAACCACCUGCAUUCAGAUGUAAGAUCGCUGAGGACCAAGCAGACAGUGUGAACUCGCAAGUUGGAUAUGCAUUAUACUUCCCAACCUAUUCCGCUUGGUACGGUGCCUCCAUGAUGCUGCAGGACCUGUAUGCACAACCUGAAGUGCAGCGGUACGAUGUGCGUGAAAGGCUCUUUGACGCUGUAGCUAAGGAAGCAGUUACGAGCGGUAGUUCCUGUCUAGACUUCCAUUUACUAGCGUGGGAUCGUUCUAAUAUAAUCUAUCAGGGGAAAGGUGCUCAAAACAUAACCAAAUCGGAGCAGUGGUGUUUCUAUCGUCUCAGCGGGCAGGAGCUGCGAAAAGCCGCGCAGUCCGUCACCGAAAAUCCAUAACAAACACAAUGCGUGCUCGAAAUAUGUAUUUUACAUAGUAAUGGUACAAUUUAUUAUAUUUCCGUAAUAAUACAGAUUAUUAUGUUUACAUAUGUUUCCGUUACUAUAGCCUAUAUAACUACUAUUGUAAACUAAUAUGUAAAAUUGUAAACUAAUAAACUAAUAUGUACAAAUUAA